UUUACAAAUAUUUCAUAUCCAAAAUCUGUUAUCCGACUUGCCUCCUCAAUCUUUACCCUCAAAUGGCGGCUUCAUGUGUUUCAUCGUCAGCUUCAGCUUUCACUCUCCAAUCAGAUUUUUUAAGAAAUCGAUCUCAAAAACCAAUUUCACUAUCAUGGAGUUCUUCGUUUCCGCAGUUUAAUCUAUCCCUCAGUUCAGUAUCAUCAAAUCGCAACCUCAAGAACAAGGGAUUUGUUGUCGAAGCGGCUUGGACACGAAGAUCAAGAAGCGAUCUUGACAAAAAACCAAACAAAAAAUCAUGGAAACAAAGAACGGAUAUGUACAUGAGACCAUUUCAACUAAACGUUUUCUUUUCAAAAAGAUUUGUUCAUGCAAAAGUAAUGCAUAGAGGUACAAGCAAAGUGAUAUCCGUUGCUACUACAAAUUCAAAAGAUUUAAGGAACACGUUGCCUUCACUUAUAGACAACGAGGCUUGUAGGGUCAUAGGUAGGUUAAUAGCCGAUCGAUCAAAAGAAGCCGAUGUUUUUGCCAUUACUUUUGAAGCCAAAAAAAAUGAAAGAAUCGAAGGGAGACUUGCCAUUGUUCUUGAUACCAUCAAGGAGAAUGGUAUUAUCUUCGUUUGAACUUUUAGUAUUUACACAUUUGUCCCUGAAUGUUUGUCUUAGCAGUAAGAAGGUGAGAAUUGUCCGGUGUGCAGCACACUUGGGACAUUGUAAUUUACUUUUUCCUAUGUUGGUUGUGGGACCCGUUAGUGUCCUCUUUUUAUGAUAAUUAGAUGGUUGUGUAACUAGAGCUAUCAUUAUAUGUUCA